AUGGCCGAUUCGGAGUACGCAGACGACGAGACUGAAUAUGAUAGCCCGUCUAACUCGCAGGCGGUCAUCAAAGACGCGCUCCUAGCCCCGUUCCGCGUCCUACUCUCCAGGACCGCCCUCCGCAUUUACCUCAAUAUCUUCCUCUUUAGUGGCGCCACACUGCUUCUCUUGGGUAUCUCUGGGAUCGCAUACGGCAUCUUCUAUAUGAAAUUCAUUCCCACUGUCGGAGUUUAUCGCGACGUGCAUCUGCAAUUCGGAGACGGAAACCCAUGGGGCACUGCCUCCUUCGAGUCGGAGUUUGUGUCUUCCCAGCCCUAUGAUGUUGCUGUGACGCUCGAUCUACCGCGCACGCCCAAUAACCUUGACGUCGGCAAUUUCAUGGUCGAACUCACCCUUUACUCUCGCCAGACAGGAGGAUCCGUGCUACCGGCCAGCACAUUGAACCCGAUCUCGCAGUCUCGCCGACCGGCUAUCUUGACUUAUUCCUCGCCGCUCGUGGAUGUUGCGCGGAGGAUUGUUCGCCUACCGCUUUACGUGGUUGGCUGGCGCCGGGAGGCCGAGAGGUUAGAGGUGCCGAUGAUGGAGAAAGUUCAGUUCGCGCGCGGUGCGAAGAACCUACCGCAGAGCUUGCGCCUUGAGAUUCAGAGCGAUAACAAGAUGCAAAUCUACUCUGCCCGGGUGGAACUUCGGGCCAGGUUUACAGGACUCCGAUGGUGCAUGUACCGCUGGAAGCUUACUUCCUUUGUCGUUUUUAGUUCUCUGUUCUGGACUAUCUCGAUGAGCUCCGCCGGCUUGACUUGGUUGGUCUUGAGCUGGGUCUUGCAACCUGCACCCACCCUCAAGGAUGAGGAAGAGGGGGAGGUCAAGGAGGAAUUGCCUGAGCUCGUGAAAGCUGAGCCGGAAGACGAUGGCUCCUUUAGUGACCCCGUCAAUGCGAAGGAGGAGGAACGCGAGAGUUUACUGCAGAGCUACCCACCCGCUGGCGAUGAUGCGGGACAAGGUUCAGGGCUUCAAAGCGCAGAGGCCCGUGGCGUGCAAAAGCGACGGAGUCAUUUAACCGAGGACGACCGUUGA